UUUGCCGAUUUCGCAGAAAUUUGAUGAAAUUUAAGCCUAAAACACGCGAAAAAUGGCAGAAUUACCGGCGGAAUUGGCGUUGGACAACUUUGAGAGUGCCAUCGCGUCGAUAGAUGUCUGUGAUAUGGAUGUCAUUGAUGAGGUAGGUGAGAGCGAUGAAGAAGAAGAACCAAAAUCCAAGAAGAAGCGCGACGAAAAAAGUCACCGAAGUCACAGAAGCAGCAGAGACAGAUCACAUGGCUCGCGAAAUCGCAGCAGGAGUCCUCGUCGCUAUGGAAGAUCACGUUCUCGGGACCGAAUUCGGAGACGAACGCCGCCGAAACGCAAAUCUCCCUUGAAAAAAGGCGGCGCAGCGGAUUUCUUGAAGGAAAUUCAACAGGAAUUCGGAGAAUUUGAAGGUUUGAAGGAAGUACAGAAAAAAGUCGAGACUCAUACGAUUCUCAAUGAACGAGAUCGUGACAGAAAUCGCGUCGGAUCGAGAGGAAGGAACAAUUUUUAUCAAAAUAAUCAACGGAGACAGCAAAAUAACCAAUCGCAGUAUCAAAAUAUGAACGGAAUGCAGAACCAAAUGAUGAUGAAUCCCAUGAACGGCAUGGGAAUGAACCCGAUGAUGAUGAUGGGAGGUCCCGUGAACCCGUAUCAGAUGCAAAUGAUGGAUCCCGGAUACUGUGGGGGCCUUGCUCCGCCCGGCGUUGAUCCGCCAGUAGUAAAUUACAGCAUGCCCGGGCCUUAUAUGCAACCACAAGCGAUGCCGAUGCCUGAACCAGUCCCUCCUGUCGUACAAAAUCCGGUUGUUAAUGAAGGAAGAAACGCUUCCCCGCCGCCAGAUAUCGGUUUGGGAAGUAUUUCGUCUCAAUUGUUGUCAGAAGAUCGCCUUCCGUUGUCAGAAUAUCUCGAAACUCAGGUGAACCGUUGUUCUGGGAAAGCUAUUGAACCAAGAUCGGUACGCGAAAGAGCCCUCUCAAAAUGCAAAGCGGCUCUCCAUCGUCUCGAAAACGCCUCACAAUUCAAUAACAAAUUCCUUCACGUCAUUCCCGCUUAUCCAAGUGACGAAUCUGAACCAAUUGGCGCAUCUCCUAUUCUCCCAUCCAAACAAAAUCCAGUUUUUCGUUUCAGCUCCAAGCAAAAAGACGCGAUUAAAAAUUCGCAUCCUUAUCCGACGAUAACGCGCAACGUUCGCUCGAUCAUUCGUCAACUCGGUAUUGAUGAAAGUGUCAUUGCGAGACGUCUUGCGUCGGGAAAUCGUGAAGAAGCUUUAGUUCCUGCCCAAGUUAUUCAACCAAAACCCUCAAAAUCUAUUUCAACGGCAAUUCCUGUGACAAAUUUACCCGUUCGUCCGCAGAUGCGCGAUCAAAGUUGUCAAACCGCAGUAUUUUCGUGCCCCAAAUGCGAAGAUCGUUACGAAAAUUGCCUCAAUGUUGGCACACAAACGACUGUCAUCGAAAAAUAUUCGGGAAGUUGUCAAACGGAUGACGCGGAUUUCACAUUGGCGAAGCUCAAAUUACGGAAUUGGGAGAAAAAGAAGCAGUCGAAUGACAUUGAACGACUUCGAGACUUUCAACGAGAGUAUGGCGUCGUCGAAAAUGACUCUGAUGAGGAAUUUGAUGACAGGAAACCAAUCAGACCGGGGGCAAUUGGACCUCCUGGAUUUCGGGAACUUCCUUCGAAGAAUCCACGGGCACGUACAAGCUAUGAAGAUCGUAAUCCGUAUUACGGUCGAUAUUAGAAAUUUAAUCGAAUUUAUUUUAUAAGAAAUCUUUUUUUUUAGUUUUUAUGAAGAACACAAAAUAUUUUGUAUGGAAACGUUAAUCAAUAAAAUAUUCAA